GGUAAAUUUAAUAGGUAGAUAUUAUAUGUGCAGGCUAUAACCGGGAAAAUCGAAGUUCGUGACUUACGGGCAUUUUUCUUUUUCAGUCUGAUUAGGUACGUCUUAGUGAGAGUAAAAUUGAAAGAUCUCCGCAAUUUGCGAAUUUCGGCUUUUGCGGUAGGCUACCUAUGCAGCUGUGAACGCCUACCUUUAUGAAACAGACAAAGUUUCUUUCGGAAAUAUUUUAAAACGAAAUAUUUUGUUUGGUUCAAAUUAUAAUUAUAUUAAUUUGAUCACUCACUAAAUCAUUGUGUAUAAACAUGAAAUUCUUAAACAGUCAGCACAUUAAAACUUUGGCGCCAUACGAAAUUUUUUUUUUUUUAUGGCAACUCUGAUCCAUUAGCCGAGUCUUGCCCCUACAAUUUAAGCAAUGCGUACACUCACAGAAAAUAAUGAACACUGGCAGUUUUUUUUUAUAUAAUAAAAAAUUAUUAUACAUAUAAAUUAAUAACGAAAUUACAUUUCACGUGAUCUUUUUAUAAAAUGAAAUCUGUGGCUCACAACUUUAUACAGGUAAUGCUGUUUACGAAAAGAAACUUGGUCCGUCUGCAGUGAUAGAAUAAAAAAAACCGGAAACGUCACAUAAGAGAAAACGUCAAAUAACGUGAAUAUUUUUCAUCUUGACUAAUUGUCUUACCUUUGUUUUCUUAUAUAUGAUCCAUUAAUUAGGUUCUAUAAUGCUCAAAUUGCGAUGAUCUCAGUGGUUUAGUUAACUAGUGCUCGAGAGCAGUGACUCACAGGAUGUCAGACGACACGAACGAAGUAUCAAAAGUGGAGAGCAGCGGCGGGGCGGAGGAGGCUCGUCGCGGUUUGGAGGAAGAGUUUAAUGUCCAGCGCGCCCGAAUGAAAGAACUUUUCUUGCAGAAGGAAGAGGAGCUCCGGGCUCAGCAACAGGACCGUGAGCAGCUGCAGUCAGAGGUGCUCAGCCUUCGAGAGGAGCUGGCCCAGUUGCAGACAUUGGCAGAGAACCAGAAGUCGCAUAUCCUCAACCUGGACUUGAUUGUCAAUGAGACGGUGUCGGCAUCUUCAGCAGUGACAGAAGAGGCGCGGCAGCUGCGCGUGCGGUGCGCUGAACUCGAGCACCAGUUGCGGUUGCAGCAGCAACAACAGCAUCAACAGGACGUGAGCAUCGCGCCGGCCACGCUGGUGCGCUCGCUGGCCCGCCGGCUCGUCGACCAGGAGGACCAGCCUAAGAAGCCCACUGAAGAUGGCGACCUGCAGCGCUGCGAGAUGGAGAUCAGUCAGCUCAAGAACAAACUGCGGGACACCGACGCGCAGCUGCAGGAGGCCCUUAGGAGUAGAACAAACCACCCCACGCCUGCACACGCGAGCGGAGACACGAGGACAGACCCAGAUGGCGGCCGGGCGUGCGACAUGUGCGCCAACUACGAGAAGCAGCUGGUGCACGAGCAGCGCGAGGCGGCCGCGGCCAGGGACCGCGCCGCCAUGCUGGAGCACGCGCUCAAGUUGGCAACCGAAGAGCUGGAAGGCGCCCGCUCCAUCCACGACGAGACCAUUCGCUCCUGGCACUCCGAGCGGAGCUCCGGCGCCGCCCUCCUGGAGCAGCUGCGGGCGGCCGUGGAGGCCGCGCACUCCGCGCUGGAGGCGCGCGCCGCCGCGGCCGGGCAGGCCUCCGAGAGGGCCUUGGAACAAGUCACUAAUCUCACUGUGGAGAGGGAAGAGUUGCAGAGGAAACUGGACAGUCUCGAGCGCGACAACGCCAUGCUGGUGGGGCGAUUCACGAAGAAGGCCGAGGAAAUGCAGAACGAGUUCAUCGAUCUGCCCGACAGCGUCGAUGAGCUGCAACUAUACAGCCUUGAGCUCCGUGAGAAACUAAUUUGCGUACAAAUCGGACGCGAGGAAGCACUCGCGGCCGAACGCGACCUCCGCGCGCAGCUGCUGGAGCAGAGCCAGCAGUUCCACCGUCAGGAAGCCGAGCUGCAGGAGGCCAGGACUGCCCUGCGACAUACCAGAGAGGAGUUGGACCGGCUGGCGACGGAGCGAGAGCAGCUGCAGGAGUUGGGGGGGAAACUGCGGACGUCCACCGACCAAAUCGCGGCGCUGCUGGAUGAUAAGAAACGCCUGCUGGACGAGCGCACCGAGCUGAAGGGGCGCGUGGCGGCGCUGCAGCAGGAGCUGGACAACAGCGAGAAAGUGCAGCAGGACUUCGUGCGCCUCUCGCAGUCGCUACAGGUGCAAUUGCAACGCAUUCGUGAAGCAGACACGGAGGUGCGGUGGCAGCACGACGAGGACGUCUCCGAGUGCCCCACGUGUCACGUGCAGCUGCCGAAUAGUAAGAAAAAGGUGCACUGCCGGCACUGCGGGCGCAUCUACUGCGCGGCGUGCACCGCGCACAGCGUGCCGGCCGGGCCGCGCCGCGCGCCCGCGCGCGUGUGCGCCGUGUGCCGCACGCUGCUGCAGCCGCACACCGCGCCCUACUUCAGCACCGCGCCGCCGCACUCGCCCGACUAGUACGUGCGCCGUGUGCCGCACGCUGCUGCAGCCGCACACCGCGCCCUACUUCAGCACCGCGCCGCCGCACUCGCCCGACUAGUACGUGCGCCGUGUGCCGCACGCUGCUGCAGCCGCACACCGCGCCCUACUUCAGCACCGCGCCGCCGCACUCGCCCGACUAGUACGUGCGCCGUGUGCCGCACGCUGCUGCAGCCGCACACCGCGCCCUACUUCAGCACCGCGCCGCCGCACUCGCCCGACUAGUACGUGCGCCGUGUGCCGCACGCUGCUGCAGCCGCACACCGCGCCCUACUUCAGCACCGCGCCGCCGCACUCGCCCGACUAGUACGUGCGCCGUGUGCCGCACGCUGCUGCAGCCGCACACCGCGCCCUACUUCAGCACCGCGCCGCCGCACUCGCCCGACUAGUACGUGCGCCGUGUGCCGCACGCUGCUGCAGCCGCACACCGCGCCCUACUUCAGCACCGCGCCGCCGCACUCGCCCGACUAGUACGUGCGCCGUGUGCCGCACGCUGCUGCAGCCGCACACCGCGCCCUACUUCAGCACCGCGCCGCCGCACUCGCCCGACUAGUACGUGCGCCGUGUGCCGCACGCUGCUGCAGCCGCACACCGCGCCCUACUUCAGCACCGCGCCGCCGCACUCGCCCGACUAGUACGUGCGCCGUGUGCCGCACGCUGCUGCAGCCGCACACCGCGCCCUACUUCAGCACCGCGCCGCCGCACUCGCCCGACUAGUACGUGCGCCGUGUGCCGCACGCUGCUGCAGCCGCACACCGCGCCCUACUUCAGCACCGCGCCGCCGCACUCG